AUGCGUCAAUCACUGAUGAGGCUGGCAUCAGCAGCCAAUACUCAGCGCGGACUGAAGGCAAACCCCACGGCUCUGCUCCCUCCCAUCCCCUUGUAUCGUCGUCUUUUCCGUGCGCAUCGCAAACAUCUACCUGCUGAGAUGAGACUGCUUGGAGACGAGUACAUCAAGGCUGAGUUUAGAGCGCACAGAAAGGUGGACAACCCGGCACAUCUGAUUGGCUUUUUGACCGAGUGGCAGAUGUAUGCGCAAAAGAUUGAGGGAGAUGAAUGGGUGGGAGAUAAGUUGGAUGAGCAGAAGCUGUCUAAGAUGAGUGAUGAGCAAAUACAGCAAUUGUAUGAGCUGAUGCAGGCUAUUCAAGCUAGAGAUAAAGAGGGUGGCGAGCAGUAA